AUGGCAGAAGUGAAUAUCGAGCAAUCCACCCUGGACUCGGUGAAGGGCAAAGUGGUGGUUCUUGCAGGCGGCGCUCAGGGCAUCGGUGCGGCAACAGUGACACAACUAUAUCAAUCAGGCGCUCACGUCUUCUUCGGCGACUGGGACGACACCAAGGGUUCGAGAUUGGCAGAUGAACUCCGAUCUUCGCCUUCAUCUUCAGCAGGGAGUGUGACAUAUCUCAAGGUCAACGUCCGGGAUUAUCAGUCUAUCCUCUCGUUGUUCGAUGCCGCCUACAACAAGCACGGCCAGAUCGAUAACGCCAUUUGUUGCGCCGCGGUUACGGAGAGGCCGGGAUACUGGGAGCCGGAAAAGUUGAACCUUGAAAGCGUGAGAGAGACACCCACCGGCAUCGCCGAGGUCGUCGACAUCAACCUCAACGGCACGUUAUACUUUGCCCGGAUCGCCGUGGCGUAUCUCAAGGAGAAGCACACGUUCGACAAGGAAUCGACGACGGCCAAGUCCAUCACCUCGUCCAAAUGCAUCACGCUCGUUUCGUCGGUGGCCGGGUUCAAAGAGUCGCCGGGCUUAUUCGCGUACUCGGCGGCAAAACAUGGCGUUCUGGGUUUGAUGAGGGCCCUUCGCCCGUUCACGGCGCCGUUGUACGGGUUGAGGAUAAACGCCAUUUGUCCAUGGGCAACCGACACACAACUCCUCGCCGGCGUGCGCGCCGAGUGGGUCAAGCAUUCGAUGCCCAUGAACCAGCCCCUCGACGUGGCCAAGUACAUCAUCCAGGUCAGCGCCGAGCCCUCCACGCACGGUAAAGCCCUCUUCGUGACCGGCGGCAAAGCCGUCGACAUUGAGGAAGGAAUGAAAAAGACCGAGACCGUGUGGUUGGGCGAGAAGAACUCGAAGGAUUUGAAUCGGGGCCAGGUUAUUCUGGGGUUGGGCAUGGACUGGGGACAUAACAGUCCGAAGAUCCACGAGGGCACGAACGGCACUUCAACUUGA